AUUACGAUCAAUGCGACCAGUUGUUGUCGAGUUGUUGAAGGUGAAGGUGAUAUUCGUUGUUUGUGUUUUCUCAUACAAUUCGAUUUUCAAAAGAAGAACUCGAGUUAUAUUUACGGAAAAAUAAAGCAUUGCGGUUGAAUUUCAUGCUCCCAGAGUAACAGGGUCGAGUGGAAGAAUGUUGGAUCGCGAUACCGCGAUACAUCUCAUUGCUGGAGGAGUGGCUGGAACUACUGGUGCUAUAGUUACCUGUCCCUUAGAAGUGGUUAAAACACGUUUACAAUCUUCUUCUUCUGGAUUUUAUCCACCUCCGGUGAAUAAGGAACUUACUUCCGGUCAUGUCACAUGUAAAAGUUUUCCGAAACCGGAACAAAGGAGAAGGCUUUGCACUGGUGGCUAUACAAGGCAUGCUUUGAUUGCUCUCUCUCACUUUGGCGCGUUUGCUUCUUCAGGAGGUUCGCCUCACAGUCAUUCUGCGCCAGGUGUAUAUCAAUGUAUCAGAUAUAUCGUUCAAAACGAGGGUAUUCGUGCCCUGUUCAAAGGAUUGGGUCCUAACCUUGUAGGUGUUGCACCAUCCAGAGCAAUCUAUUUCUGCGCCUACUCAAAAAGCAAAGUCGCAUUUAACGCGAUCUUUGCCCCGGAUACCGCUCUUGUACACGUAUUCUCCGCAUUCUGCGCCGGUUUCGUGGCAUGCACAUUGACAAAUCCUAUUUGGUUCGUGAAGACCAGGCUGCAACUGGACCAUCGAACCAACAAAAUCACUGCGAUGGAGUGUAUGCAAAGGAUAUAUCGACAAUCGGGUAUCCUGGGAUUCUACAAAGGCAUUAUGGCCUCCUACAUAGGAAUAAGCGAGACUGUGAUACAUUUUGUGAUCUACGAGGCUGUGAAGGCCUCUUUAGCAACAUACAAGGCUCCCAAUGCAGAUCGAAAAACAUUGCGCGAUUUCUUAGAGUUCAUGGCGGCUGGCUCGUUCUCAAAAACGAUUGCCUCCACCAUCGCUUACCCCCAUGGCAUUGCUCAGCGAGUUGGCUGUGGUUCAAGAGUAAAGCAUCAGUUUGCACAAACUUCUUUACUUGCAAAAAUCUUUAUAAUUCUUGCAAACAUCCUGCACACUAAAGUAGCAAGGACGAGACUUAGAGAGGAAGGUACGAAAUAUCAGACUUUCUGGCAAACAUUGAGCACAGUCUACGCUGAAGAAGGAUUUCAUGGUCUAUACCGUGGUCUUGGUACUCAUCUGAUUAGACAAAUUCCAAAUACAGCAAUUAUUAUGGCUACGUAUGAAGCGGUGGUAUAUUUGCUAAGCAAGCACUUUCACGAACGAUCUUUAAGCAUAAACAAUGAAAGCGAGUCCAAGUUCUAUACAGAUCCAAAGGGUAAACGAGAAUUGGCCUAGGACUUACUCACGGCCCCUGAGUAAAGGGCCAAUAACUCGCAUGCUGUGGCGAGUCUUGAAAUUGCAUCUGUUUUGAAAAAAAGAAAAUGAACAAAGAACAACAACGCCGUCCAAGAGAGAGUCCACACGCCCGGAGAGAACGCAUUUCCGAGUUUGGGGCCAUGCCGGCCGGCCAGGUCCAAUCGAACAUGUCGAAGGUAGCAAAAUAGGUAUCACAGCGCGUUGUACGCUGCUGUGUGCUCUAUAAGUGUAGCAAAAAGUAGUCCUUCCUCCUUUCAGGUAGCGUACCUACGUACGCGAGGAACAGCCUAAACUGUCUGUCUGUACCUUCGUCGACACAUUCACACACACAUACACGGAGGCGAGGAUCGUGAAGCUGGAUUAAAUGAGUCAAUUACGUAGACUCAGAAUGCUCCAAAAGUAAGAUUAUGUCAGCUUCUCGUUACUAUUAAUCUGUUAACUGGUUUGUUAAUGAAAAAUUUGCAUAAAUAAUUUAUAUUAUUUUUUUGUAAAUCCGAUUCAAAGCAAAUUAAUUUGAUUUAUCUCUUGAAAAUUAAAAUUUGAUAAUGUAUUUUUUAUGAUUAAACUAAUUAAUUUAAAAAAUAUUUAAAAAAAUAAAUUCAAAAAUAUUGAUAAUAUUAUUUUUUCCAGUUAAUAGGUUAAUGGAAUCAUUGACAUUAUCAUUGGUAAUAACAGGUAUCAUGGGAGAUUCAUUUCAGGCGUCUUAAUUGUUUCUGAAGAUCUUCGAAACACGGGAAAAAAUGGAUUUUAAUUCUUAAAAACUUAUAAUAGAUUUAAUUUUUUACUAAUCGGUUAUUAUAUAUAAUAAUAUUGAUAUUCUAAUUUGAAUUUAAACAUUUAAAAUUCAUAUCUCCCUUGUUUCGAUAUGAUAGAAAUCAUUUUUCAUCAUUCAUUUUUAUACAGUAUUGCGAUUUCUUUAGAGCAAUAUGCACUUAUAUUAAUUAAAAAUUAUUGUUAAAUAUAAGAGAUAGGAUUGCUCUUGAAGAAUUCAUUAGAGAAUAUAUUCAUUUCUAUAUCAUUAAUAACAGAUACAUUUGAAUUUAAUGAUUAUUGAAAAAAUGCGAUCAUUGUCUUUUGCUAUUUCUUUUAACAAAAAGAAAAAUAGAAAAUAAUCAUUAUAAUUAUAAAUCUAUAUACAAAAUGAUGAAGGUGGACGAUUGUUAUGUUUAUUUCUAUUAGUAUAAGGAGAUGUAUUAUUAUCAUUAUUGUUGUUGUUCAUCAUUACAUAGAAUUUGUAUUUCAUAUUAAAUUUUAUUUUCGAAAAACGCUUCUUCCGUAAAACGCUCAAAAUCUAUGCAUUAUUGAUUGAAAUCUAACUUUUCUGUACGUGAAAAAUCUAUUUUAAAUAUGUAUUGAUAUCAAUUUCUUUUGCAACGAAAAAAAAAUAUAAAAAAAUUAAAAAUGCAUGAAAAAUUGCAUAUAAAUUUCAUAUAUAACAUUAAAUUAAGAGAAAAAAAAUUUCAUUGUAUUGAAUAUAUCGAAUACAAUCAAUCAAUUCUAUAAAAUUAUAAUGUAGGAAUCAUGUAUGUAAAUUAAUUUAGAUCAAUAUAACUGUUUAUAUAUUUUGAGAGUGCGUUGUUACGCCAAAUGAAAACAAUAUAACAAAAAUGUUACUUCCUUUCUUUUUUGUAAUGUUUGGAGAGGAAACUAUUUAUAGUUACUAUCAUGUUUUUGGAAUCAAUAAUAUCUAUAUAAAUACUGUGCACUUAGAGAAAUAUUAUAUUGAAGUGCGUUUGUUGUUGUUCAAAAUAAUUAUUCGUUGAAGAAGAGAAAAUAUUAAAAAAUAAAUUAUAUAUAUAUACACGUACAUAAGAAAGAAUUAAUAAUUUUUUGUUACUGAGAAACAUUCAUUAUAAAUUUGAUUAUGUUUGCAGUCUAAUAAAAUGCCAUACGAUAAUAAAAAAUGUAAUAUAGCUUUUAUAUUCUUUUUGGCUUGAUAUUAUUAACGAAUUAUUUAUAUUUCUUCGUUAGUACCGUUUUCUAAGAUAAUAAUUCGAUAGCUCAGGUUUUUUGAAAACUAGUCUAAAACAUUUUUGAUAAGUCCUAUUUUUGUAUUCGUGAUGAAUCGAACAAGUCAAAACUUUACAAUUUGAGAUUUGCAAUUUGGUAAAAAUGGUACUAAAAAAUUUGAAUUUUUUCUGUUUAAUAAUUGAUGAUUUCAAUGACCAAUGGAAAGUGAGAAAAAUUAUGAUUUUUAAUUUACAUAUUUUUGGCUGAUAUUUAAAAUUUUAAUAUUGUGCUUUAAAAUAUUUCCAUAAAUAAUUUUUUUUUAAAUUCUUAAAAAUUUAUUUAAUAUUCAAAUUUUGAAGUACAAACAAGCAAAAAAAAUUUGAAGUCUUGAUAAGAAAGACUGAAUUAGAUUUUACUGUACUUAGUAUGGCUCUGAAAAUAAGAAUUGUAAUGUGAGAAUGUCGAUAUUAUUAAAAUAAUAUAUGUAUAUAAUAUGUAUACACAUAAAUAUGUACAUUCAUCAAUAAAAUCAACGAAUAAUA